CUUAAAUCAAUUGUCUUAAUGUGACCGCUUCUGUAAAACCCUAUGAAUUACCAAGGUGACGCACCAAUCGUUUUACGACGGUUUGACCUUUAAGUGCUCAGUGACCUCCACCAGCAGACGAUACCACUAAAGCGUUGAAUUGAUCGUUGCUUUGCUUAUUCCUCUAUCCUUUCAGUACUGUUAUCAUGUUAGUGAAUGGUGAUAGUGAUGUAGUGGGAGAAGCUGCUAAGUUUCACAAGCCAGGCGAAAAUUAUAAUUCUCCCGGUUACAUUGUGACAAAAGAUACUAUGAGGUUAUUGAAAGAACACAUGAAGCAAACCGGUGGUAUAGUAGUUACCAGGUUUCCUCCUGAACCAAACGGUAUUUUACACAUCGGCCACGCAAAAGCAAUCAACUUUAAUUUUGGUUAUGCAAAGAAACAUGGUGGCAUAACCUACUUGCGAUAUGAUGAUACAAACCCUGAAAAGGAAGAAGCAGAGUUUUUUGAAGCUAUUGAGGACAUGGUUCGAUGGCUGGGCUUUACUCCAUACAAGAUUACUUAUGCCUCGGAUAAUUUCCAACAGUUAUACGAAUGGGCAAUUAAGUUAAUCAAAUUAAAGUUAGCUUAUGUUUGUCAUCAGGCCGUAGAAGAAAUACGAGGUUUUAAUCCACCAACUUCGCCCUGGAGAGACAGACCGAUUGAGGAAUCCUUGCGACUGUUUGAGGAUAUGAAAAACGGCAAGAUUGACGAAGGUAUGGCUACUUUACGUAUGAAAGUGACAUUGGGCGAUGGGAAAGUGGAUCCAGUAGCUUAUCGCAUCAAGAUGACUCCCCAUCAUCGUACUGGUACUGAGUGGUGCAUUUACCCUACUUAUGACUAUACUCAUUGUUUGUGUGAUUCCAUCGAGAAUAUCACACAUUCAUUAUGUACUAAGGAAUUUCAGUCACGACGUCCUGCGUAUUAUUGGCUUUGUAAUUCACUAAAUCUUUAUUGUCCAGUUCAGUGGGAAUAUGGUCGCCUCAAUUUGUAUUAUAGUGUGGUGUCUAAGCGCAAAAUUUUAAAGCUGAUAGAAGCCGGUAUUGUUAAUGACUGGGAUGAUCCACGGUUAGUAACUUUGACAGCACUCCGUCGUCGUGGAUUUCCACCUCAAGCUAUUAAUAUGUUUUGUGAACGUAUUGGCGUUACUAUGGCUCAAACAAUCCUUGAUCCUUCUGCUUUAGAUGCUUGUGUACGGGACUAUCUGAAUGAUCAUGCACCACGUGUGAUGGCUGUUUUAGAGCCAAUAAUAGUAACUAUUACGAAUUGGCAUGAACUGUUUGGCGAUAAGUCUUCUGUCGAGCUUACAGUUGCGGAUUUUCCUGCCAUUCCAGACAGUAAGACGCAUAUUGUCCUGUUGCAACAGGAGCUGUACAUAGAAAAUACAGACUUUCAAGAAGUUGCUGAAAAAGGAUAUCGUCGUUUAACACCUAACCAACCAGUUGGUCUUCGUUACACGGGCCUUGUUUUAGAAUUUUCCGAUUUAAAAAAAGAUUCCGAUGGGAAAAUAUCUCAUUUAUUUGUGAAAGCCCAGAAGGUAGAGGAUUCUACUAAGCCAAAAGCUUUUAUACAUUGGGUGUCCAAUCCUUUGCAGUUUGAAGCUCGAUUGUAUGACCGAUUGUUCACCGUCAAGGAGCCAGAAAGCGAAAAGAAUGGGUUUUUGUCUGUGAUUAAUAAAAAUUCAUUAGUCAUAAUUCCGGGUGCUUUGAUUGAACAGUCUGUCAAAAAUGCUGAGGUUUACACUGCCUAUCAAUUUGAACGUAUUGGUUUCUUCUCUGUGGAUCCUGAUACUAACUCACAACGUAUGGUUUUCAAUCGAACUGUUGCUCUAAAAGCCGAUCCUGGUAAAACAAUUUAACACCAAACAUGUAUAGUGCUAUGUGACUUGUAAUACACUUCUUACGUUGGAUACCCUUUUAUCUUUGUUGCAUUUAUCACACUUCACGUGGCGAGACAUUUUGAGUGUUGG